AUGUCCGUACGCACCCAAUCCUCUCCCCACCCCUGGGACGUCUACGCACAGCAGAUGUUUUCCCAUGGGUACGGUUAUCCUCUCUGGCUCCCAGAGCCCUCUCCCAGCGCGCUCCCGGUGCAGAUAUGCGAUGUCGCCUGGAUGGACGGCGGUGGCCUCCGGCAACUGUUCAACGCGCGCUGCACAGAACUCACCAGGCAGGUCCUCGAAGCCGUCCCCGACCACUUCAUCCCGUUCAACCCACCCAACCUGUUUGAGAGCGGCCCCGAGCAGCGGCUUCGUCAGCGCGUGCUGUGCAGCCGUACUCUCUACAACACUAGGAUCUCAGGCGCCGUCAGCGCAGACCUUGGAGGUCUCAGCGUGGACUUCCAAUGCGUGUCCAACGCAGGCGCGGUGCUCAUCAGUGGGCCCCUCGCGCACUCACGCGAAAUACAGUCACACAACCACUUUCGGGAGUACAUGCGGGAGAACUUCGACAGUUGGAUGGCCUUCGCACGCCAGUGGGGACUCGACCUUCGCGACGAGGACCUUUGCUUCGUUUACGGGACAACGAAGACGGCCGAAUGGUCUGUAAGCGCCUUCCACGGGCAGUACAAGACCCGGAGCGGGUCGAUACAGGCGAACUUCGCCUCGGUGGGAUCCGUGGGUCUCUCGGUCGACGUCGCGAACAGCACGGCGCCGAACUGCUGGCACGGCGUUGGUCCAGUGAACCAGGAGCGCAACAGCGCCGGGGCCCGAUUCGCCUUCCUCUCUGGGGCAGACUCUCCAGACUCUCCUGAGUCUCCUCCGUCUCUCGCCAGCAAUAGCCGAGAGAUUGAAGGAGACCAGUGCAUCUUCUUCCGGUACUACAAGAUGAAACGGCGCGUGACGGUCUUCCCUCCUCGUCCGAUGAAGGCCGCCGCGGGAUAUGACCAGCUGCCGCCGCCAGACCACGACCAAUAUGACACGCCGAAGAUACUCGUCGAAGACCUGACAUACGACAUCGAACCCGAGUCUCUCUCGGAUACGGCCACCGAGUACGUGCCCUUCACUCUCGUGCGGAAGCGUCCUCACCGCGCUUCUUAG